UCCGCAAUAAAUUUCACAAAACAGGUACACCGAUAAGGAUUUACAACGAUAAAACACUGUUUGAACUCCUGGAGAUAACAUAUGCUUUAUAUAAAGCCAUAAAGUUUCAGCAAGUCAUGAUCUCGAGCAACUUGGAAAGAUACGCCAUUUGUCAUCAAACUGUGAGAAUUAUCUGUGUAUACCUUACAAGCUACCUGUGUCCUUUGGUGUAAUAUGGAAGAGAAAAGCUGAGAACCAGGUAACCAAUAUGGCUGAAUCUUCUAGAGCAACGAGGCAUAUGCUGAAAGCUACCGACGAUGGUAGCAUAGAGGAUUAUGACAAAUGGAUAGGUCGAGGAGCUGAUAUGUCUGGUACAGACAAGAAAGGGCAGAACGCGCUACACUUCCUAGUGAAACAGGGAAAGUUUAACAUGCUACAACACAUACUCACCAGCAAACCGGAAGUGUGUCAGCUGGUGAACAAAGUAGACAGCAAAGGGUGGUCCCCGCUACAUCUCUGCUGUAUACAACAUCCCGUGGAACUCCGAACACUCGAACUGUUACUGACGUUUGGAGGUGAUCCUACCAUAGAACACAGGUGUGGUAACUGUAAGGACCUUGUGGAUAAAGAUGCCAAGGACUUUCUACAUUGGAGGAAGCGUCAUAACAAAGGAUUACCAAGUGAUAUCAGGCUUCUCCCUAACAAGCUCAUUGUUGAAUACAUGGGGAGAUUUGGACAUCUUGAUGACGACUUCACACUAAAUUAUGACAAAUUUUUGGAGGAGGGACAAGUCGAAUCUGCCGUUAUCCAGAUAGUUAUAGCAGGUCCACAAGGUGUAGGUAAAACCACUCUAUUGCACUCUAUGACGGGGUCGAAAGUAAAGAAAAACGGCCCGAACCCAACAAGAUGUAUAGAAAUGUUUCCUAUGAAAUUUACAAUUGACUUGGAUGACGUCACUACGGAGGACCAUGGAGAUGGAACGGAUUAUAUGACAUACUUACAGCAAUUCGUGGACACUGUGCUCAAGAGGAUGGAAGAUUCAGGACUACCAAGAAGUCAGACUUGGCUGAAGCGACACCUGUCUAUCAGCUCUCGUUCUGGUCAGGAGGUUGCUGUGUCGAGACAAAAAACCAAAGGCACAAAUUCGAAGGCAAAUUUGUCCAUAUUGGAUUUUUCUGGAGAUGAUGUAUACCAGGAUAUUCAACAUUGGUUUAUGACUAAUCACGGAGUCUAUUUUCUAAUAUUCUCAUUAAAGGAAUACCCACAUCUGGUCAAGGUGUUAGAUGGUAUUUUCACACGACUUCAAUACAUCUCCCUUUACCACGAGGACGGAAAUCACCCGGCUGUGAUAUUGGUAGGAACGCACCUCGACAAGGUCCCAAACUCGGCACAAAAGUAUGAACAGAUACACGCGGAAAUUAUGGAACAUCUGCAGGGAUAUUCUGAUGUCGGAAAAUAUGCUCUCGAACACGUGAAAGGUGUUUUUCUCGUGGACAAUCAUGAUUUGUCUCAAAAAGCAAAAGACCAGAUAUGGCAGGCUGUCACAGGAGCAGCCAUUGACGGUCCAAAAUGGCGGCGCCUCGUUCCCACCAGAUGGCUAGCAUUGGAACGAGAGAUAAUUCUCUACAAGGACAGUGGUCACAAAGUGAUGACGUUUGGAAAUUUCUGCACAAUUGCAAAGGAAUUGGCGGUACCUAUACAGGAUGAUGAACAAGUGAAGGACGUUCUCAGAUUCUUGCACAAGAAGAAAUCUAUUCUGAUAUGCCAAACAGCUUCGUCCAUCACAUCACAUGACCCGAUAGUUGUGGAUACACAAUGGCUGAUCAAUCAACUGGUCGAACUAUUAACAGUCAAACAGCCUUACGUAUCGUCUCAGUUUGUAGAAAGCUUUUUGGAACGUGACAGCAAGGAAGGGAAACCAAGAAACAAGAAGAACUUCAUAGCAGCAGUUACCCGACUGUCGUUGAUUGCCGAGCCUCUUCCAGCAAAAACAGAAAACAAAGCCAGCUACUACGUUGUGCCGUGCAUGCUACCGCCUGUCAAUAAUAAGCUUAUCGGGUCCAUUCUAGAUCAGGCGAAUAAGUCUUCCUCCCUGUGGGUCGUUUCGAACGAUCAAUUCAUUCCACCUGCACUAAACGACAAACUGUUGACAAUAUUCAUCAAUAGGUUUGAAGUGCUUUUCGAUCCGAUAUCUCGCGAGAGUUUGAUAUAUAGACAUAACGCUGGUUUUAUAGUGAAUCCCGGUUUGAACUUAACACUACAGUGCAGCAGCUCUAUGGUUAAAUUGACUUUGUUUUCAUCCACCGGUUCUCAAAUGCAUGAUGGGAUCGGGAAUAUCAUUCGGCAAUCGGUGGUAGGCUUGUUUGAAGACCCCAAGAAAUUUGAAUGCCGUUUUCUCUAUGAAGACGGUUCAAAGGAGAAUUUCGUGAAAGUCUCUGACGAUGGAUCAUUCAGCAGGAAGUCAGUUUCCCUCAAUCAGGAUCUAUCAAGGGACAUGGCCAUCUGGUUCGGACAGACGCCAGACAGUGCUGCGACUGGCACCAGUUUUAAUCCAAAAGAAGAUCCAGAACUUAGUCCAAAACGUCUGAGCCAUGUUGCAAAACAUAUCGGGAAUAGCUAUGCCGUAGUGUGUGCGUGCCUUGGAGUAGAGACUGCUGUCGUCGAACAGGAAAGAUAUCAGCAUAGACAUCUUGACUUCCGAUCACAACUGACGAAAAUUCUCCUGCGUUGGCGGGCAUUGCAGAAAGGUCGUGCUUCUCUUGGGAAACUUAUUGAAGCGAUGAAAAUGAACAACCUUUCUCACGAGGAGAUGUUAUUAGAUCCUGUCUGGGCUGGUGAAACGGCAAUGACAAAACUCAAAGAUGCAGACGCAGCUCUUAUUCCUGGUAUAGAUCUGUCGAGUUCCCCCACGAGUGACGACCUGGCAGUGAUCACAGGGAUUGUUGGCCCAAGUUUCCUCGUCUUCUUCUUGGAACUCGAUUUGGAUUACUGUGACAUCCAGAAGGCAAUGGAACUCCACCAAAGGCAAAGCGAGAAAGUCUUGAACAUGUACUUGUUGGAAUUCUGGGGACAGAGAUUGGGGAGCAAGGCGACCUUCUCCCGUAUCAUCAGCGCCAUGCAUGAAACCCACUUGGAUACGUCUCAACUCAAACACAUCAAUCCUCGCAACAGCCAUUGCUAAUUUAAUUUUCCCGUAACCACUACAUCUUUCUCCAAUUUCAUGAAGUCAUUCUAUGUUACCACAUAUCGGUAAGAUCCUGGACGUGACGUCAUGCAUUUUAUUAUGACAUGAAGUAACAAUGGUUGAUGCCGGAAUAUUCUGUUUCCAGAAUCGGACACAGAAAUAAUAAAUGUUCCAAAAAAAACCAAUUUGUUUUCCAAAUAAUAGCAUGAACAUUUGGGUAGACAAUUGUUCCAAAAUUCGGUUAACUUCGGGUUCUUACAUAUUUUGAAAAUUAACUAACUCGAGUUACGUAAGCAACCACUCUGACGGGAACCUUGCUAUACAGUAUAGUCAAAUGUGCAUGGUUAGGCAAAGUUCUAUCAUUAUACAUGUUACAGAUAUAUGUACAAUAUCAAUCUUUUAAAUAUUUCUUUAUAUCUUAUCACAUUUGAAUCAAACAGAUUUAUAGAUAUAGAGCCUAUCCAAACUUCUUUUUAUUGAUUUACAAUGAAUACUAAGCAUGUGAGUUUAUACAGUAGGAUUUAUCAUAGCAACAUAAGUUAACUUGACUCAAGCUUUAAUAUUAGCAUUCAGGGAAGUAUCUUUUUUUUUUUCUUUUUCUUUUUUUUUCUAUAUUUUAAUAAAGGUACAUGCAAUGGACUUUACGGAACUAUUUCACUAUAUCUUUUAACGAAAGUUCAUUCCCCGGAUACAAAGAGGUAAUUUAUCGAAAUUAACAGAAAAUUUAAACAUCUUUUUGAGAUAUUUUAUAAGAUAUUUCUAAUUUAUCUUUUACAUUAUAAACAUUUAAUGACAGACGUUUUGAGUUUUAAUAUAAUCAGAUAUUAGAAAGUCUGCAUUUCUUCAGAAUGUUUUUAUGCUUUUUUCUCUCCAUUCAAAUUAAUUCGUGAUCGUCUUAAGAGAGAAGUUGUUCUUAAUUCAAGCAGGUACACAUCAUUAAUGGUCUAAUAAUAGAAUUUAAUACAUUUAAUUUCAAAUCAGUACAUGGUCUUUGCCUAUGCAACGUACGUGUAUAUAUGUAUAUGUAGAUAUGUAUGUUAUGGAUAAAUAACGAGUUGGCGUUGUAUAAGCUAGUGAAAGGACUAUAUGUGUACGUUGAUUUUAAAGUUUUCAAACGGCAAAGUAUUGCUUUAUAAGACUCUCAAAGGCAUGAAAUACCAAGUUCAUAUUUAAACAAAAGAGUGAUCUGUUCUUUAGUUCUAGAAUUCCCUCGAGAUUGAAGAGAGUGUAAGCGACUGGCAAGGUGUUUGUGCGUGUGUUUACAUUGAAGUUCGCAAAUAGUUUCAUUAAACAGUAUAUCCAAUACCUCCUUCUCUUUUCGUUGUCAUCAAUCUGUUUGGAGGAGAGUCAGAUUUUGAUGUGUUGCAUACAGUGAAUCACAGUGAACGUUUGGCCGUUUUGGUUUCCAAGUAUUGUAGUUGGACAAUAUAUAACGUCAUAGAGCGGAAAUUCCCUUCAAUUCCCGUUUCAUUCUUGAUUUAGUUCGGUGAUAAGACAACGACGACGCAACAAGCAGAUUUUAAAAUGUCUAACAAGAAAGGCAAAAGUGGUCUUCUAUUUACAACUAUAACAUACCAGUAUGGGUACCAGUGGCAGCCGUUGGAGGUAUGGUUGCUGCACCAUUCGUGGCGACAGGUGAUUCCAUAGAUGAGGCUGAUGAGACCGACAACGCUGCACGGGGAAUCGGGUCACUCCCAGAAAAUGUCACUGGAAGGAUGGUAACCAACCAAUUCAAAGCUAUGGGAGAAGUUGGCGAGGCGAUGUGGGGAGAUGACGAUUAGGGUAUGUUUAAUUAGUUUUGUACAUAAUAAUUAUAUGCGUCUAGAAUGUUUACAUUGUAUAAGCAAUAAUUACUGAUGUCUUUUUGAAUGGUAAUCGUGAACAGGCAUCAUGGCGACUCAUCAAUGACGCGAUAGGCGUCCAUAGCAACAAUGACAACAAUAAGGACGGUAAAUGUUUAGAGUACACAACUUUCAUGUACAUGUAUAUUAAAUUAC